UUGAUCAUAUGCGAGAAAGAAGAGGCGCUUGUUUCCCACACUGUGAGAGCCCGCCGGUGUAGCACGCCCCCCAUUCACUCUCUCUGGCGCUCUGUCGUCCGCCGGGUUGAGCGACUGAAGCUGCCUGGGAGAGAAACAGCGAGGAGGGGAGAGGAAACGGAGCGAUAUGGCGAGCAUCAACAUGGGGCCGAGACCGCUGCUGCUGCUGGAGCUGGCGUGGGCUCUCCUGGCCCUCCAAGCGGUUUACGUCCGAUGUCUUAACGGCGAUGAGGACCAGAGCCAGGACACCGAGUGCAAGAUGAAGAGCGUCACCGUGUCGGCGCUGCCGUUUUUAAGAGAAAACGACCUGAGCAUCAUGCACAGUCCCUCGGCCUCUGAGCCCAAGCUUCUGUUCUCUGUUAGAAACGAUUUUCCCGGGGACGUGGUGGUGGUGGACGACCUGGAAAACACAGAGCUCCCCUUUUUCGUCUUAGAGAUCUCUGGGAACUCGGAGGACAUCCCUCUAGUGCGCUGGAGGCAGCAGUGGCUGGAGAAUGGCACUCUGCUCUUCCACAUCCAUCACCAAGACGGCAGCCUGAGCCUCCCAGAACCGACUGAGGAUCCAGCCAAUGUCUCUACGAAGGAGGAGCUCCGCAUCCUGCACAUCUCUGUGAUGGGCGGGAUGAUUGCCCUUCUGCUGUCCAUCCUCUGCCUGGUCCUGAUCCUCUACACUCGCAGGCGCUGGUGUAAACGCCGCCGCAUCCCUCAGCCCCAGAAGAGCGCGAGUGCUGAGGCAGCUAAUGAGAUCCACUACAUCCCAUCAGUGCUGAUGGGAGGCCAGGCACGCGAGAGCUUGAGGAACUCCCGGGGUCAGGGUCCAAACUCCAGCGGUACCCUCAGUAUCCGGGAGACACCGAUUUUGGAUGGGUAUGAGUAUGACAUUACCGACCUGCGUCACCAUCUGCAGCGGGAGUGCAUGAAUGGUGGGGAGGAAUUUGCCAGCCAAGUCACCCGUACCCUGGACUCGCUCCAGGGCUGUAAUGACAAGAAUAAUAUGGACCUCGCACCUGUGAGUGACAACACCAAGUUGGCGCUAAUGAACAAAUACAAGGACAACAUCAUUGCCACGAGUCCCAUCGAUAGCAACCACCAGCAGAACACCCUGCUUCCCCACAAUACCUCCACCAGCCAACGCAAACGUCUCUCCAGCAACACCCGCGCGGGUUCAACAUUCUUGAACCCAGACGGGGACUCUGGGACGGAGGCAGACAGCGAGCCUCAGCUGGCCUUUUACACCGACCCAAACCGCAGUCGCCGCCGGAGUCGAGCAGGUUCCCCUCGGAGCCCCAUCAAUAAGACCACCCUGACUCUGAUCAGUGUCAUCAGCUGCGUGAUUGGCCUGGUUUACUCCUCUCACCUGUCCUGCAGCCUCUCAGUCCGGGUAAUCUUACAUGUUCCGGAGCACCUCAUUGCUGAUGGGUCAAGGUUCAUUUUGCUCCAGGGGAGCCAGUUGGAUGCUUCAGACUGGCUCAACCCGGCCCAGAUUUUGUUGUACUAUCAGCAGAAUGCCAGCGGGCCGUGGGUGAACGAGCUGUGUGGACGACGCCUCCUGGAUCCCUGCGAGCAUCAGUGUGACCCUGAGACAGGAGAGUGCCUUUGCUUAGACGGCUACAUGAAGGACCCGGUCCACAAGCACCUCUGCAUCCGCAGUGAGUGGGGGCCCAAUCAGGGUCCCUGGCCUUACACCAUCUUCCAGCGCGGUUUUGAUCUUGUGAUGGGAGAACAACCCUCUGAUCGCAUUUUCAGAUUCACGUACACCCUAGGAGAAGGGAUGUGGCUGCCAUUAAGUAAAAGCUUUGUCAUCCCCCCUGCUGAGCUCGCCAUCAACCCAUCAGCCAAAUGCAAGACAGACAUGACAGUCAUGGAGGAUGCGGUAGAUGUAAGAGAGGAGUUGAUGAUCAGUUCAUCGUUUGACUCUUUGGAGGUUCUCCUGGACUCUUUUGGACCUGUCAGAGACUGCACCAAAGACAACGGUGGCUGCAGUCGCAAUUUCCGCUGUAUAUCAGACCGCAAGCUUGAUUCCACUGGAUGUGUGUGCCCCCCAGGACUAAGUCCUAUGAAGGAUGGCACCGGGUGCUAUGACCACCACAUCGGCAUCGACUGCUCCGACGGUUUCAAUGGAGGAUGUGAGCAGCUGUGUCUCCAGCAGUUGGCCCCUCUAGAGGAUGACCCGACACUCUACAACAUCCAGAUGUUCUGUGGGUGCAUCGAAGACUACAAACGCGGUCCAGAUGGGAGGUCGUGCCUGCCGCUGUCUGAGGCUUGCACUGAGGGAAUAGACUGUGGAGAAGUGCUUGAUAUCCCUGCCAACCAGACGGUGUUUGGAGACCUUUUCUACGGAUACAACAACCACACCAAAGAGAGCACCUCUGGACAGAUCCUCAAGGCCACAUUCAGAACCCAGUGCCAGGCAGUCAGUCAGGUAGACAGGGCAGCCAGGGAGGCAGGCACUCCCACUCCUCCGUCACAUCGCCUCACCUCCUGGGCUGCCCACACCGAGCCGUGGUGCAAUCCCUCCCCAUUAGCAUACAGGUGUGCUCCCCUGAUGGGCGGACCAGGAUUAGAAGGUAUGGUGAACUACAGCGAGGUGUCUGGUUAUCCGCUCGUUCAGCACUGGAAUCUUCGCUCUGUGCUCUAUCACGUCAAACUCAAUCAAUGGGUCCUCUCUCAAGCCUUCAGCUCCGCAAUUCAUUCUCUGGAUGGAGCCACACAGCGGAGCGACUUUGUCUCCAUCCUCAGGGAGUUUGGGAACCACUACGUGCAGGAGGCAGUGUAUGGCUUCCAGGAGUCCUGUACCAUCUGGUACCCCAACAAACAGGUACAGAGGCAGCUGUGGUUGGAGUACCAGGACAUAAGCAAAGGUAACUCACCUUCAGAGGAGUCCGAGGAGCGCGACAAGGAGCGCGACAAGGAGCCCCGGACGCUGACCUACCCUGCGUACAUUGCCAGUCUGCUGGACAGUGGAGCAAAGCGCAUGGCAGCCGGAGUCCGCAUGGACUGCAGCAGCCAAGGCCAGUGCCCACGGUCCUGCCACCUCUGCCACAUGAGCCCAAGGGCAGCACAAGGGCGGCAGCAGUCUGAGCCGGUGCUGCUGCAGAUUACCAAGGCUACACCUAUUUAUGAGCUGGUAUCCAACAAUGAGACCUACCAGGCUCUUCAGGAGGCAAUGAUGAGCAUGCUGUGGUGCUCAGGCAAAGGCGAUGUUAUCGAUGACUGGUGUCGAUGUGAUUCCAGCGCUUUUGGCGCAGACGGACUGCCCACCUGCGCCCCGCUUCCUCAGCCCAUGCUUAAACUGUCUUACGCCUACGAACCCAGCAGCUCAUUGGUCAUCAUGGAGUGGAACCACACGGAGCCCCCAAUCGGUGUGAGGAUUGUUGAUUACCUCAUCAGCCAGGAGAAGGUGACAGAGAGAACCGACCACUCUAAAGUUGAGACAGAAACCCUUUUAAGCUUUGUGGAUGACAUCUUGUCCGGGGCCAGGUCUCCAUGUGUGAUGUUAGGUGACAUCCCUGACCUACUGUCCUCCUCCAUCAGUAUGAUUAUUCGCUGCCUGGAGCCCGACACCACAUACAUGUUCCGGCUAUGGGCAGUAGACAACACGGGGCGCCGUUCAACUCCAAGUGAAGUCACCAUCAAAACUCCAUGUCCAACUGUGGAUGACGUCAAAGCACAAGAAAUUGCAGAUAAGAUAUAUAACCUGUUUAACGGCUACACCAGUGGGAAGGAGCAACAGACAGCUUACAACACUCUGAUGGACCUGGGCGCUCCUACACUGCACCGUGUGCUUUACCACUACAACCAGCGCUACGAGAGCUUUGGUGAAUUCACCUGGAGGUGUGAGGACGAGUUGGGACCCAGGAAGGCUGGCCUCAUCCUCUCGCAGCUUGAUGAGCUCUCCCCAUGGUGUAAGGGUCUCCUUCAAGAGCCAAAGAUCGGUCUUCGCAGGAUGUCCCUCAAGUUCCUGUCCUGUCGUUACACAGACACCAAAGUCUUUGGGCUUAACUGGUCAGACAUGGGCCAGGAUGUACAAAAGGCAUGUGAUGAGCAGACGCUCACUGUCAUGUAUAACGACUACGGCGAGCCCAGGGAGCUCUGAAGGUUUCAGAUUUGAUUUAGACGACAACAGUUUACUCUUGCAAAUUGCAGUAUUUGUAUUUGUUGUCUCAAAUGCUCCACAUUAUUUGAAAAAGCCAUUAACUUUUUUAACUUAAAUGGCUCCUGAACUAAACAUAUUUCAUGUAUUACGGUAUCCAGUGGUCUCUAAAGUCAGCUCUAAAACUCAGCUAAGAAAAAGGUCCUAAAUGAAUCCACGUCUCUUUGCUGUCCUUAGACCUGAAAGACUUUAAGUUAGUGAACAUAAUGCAGUCGUUGAUGCUUUCGCCAGAAGCAUCUUUCUUCUUGAAGUUGAUCAGUUCUCACUGGUCAUUCUUCACUGCAUAUAAGACUAUGUUGUAAUAAGUAUUUUCUUCACUAUACAUUGUGAUCUUAUGGCCUGAAGCAUCAUUUUAGGUGAAGCGAAUAAUUUAGCAUCAACACAAGCUUUAUAUUCACAUCAAGGCCGGUGUGUUUAACUUAGUGGGCAUCAAAAUCCACACAACUCCAGCUCUCAAAUCCAACUAACCCCACAGUUAUCCAGAUUGAAUCACUUGAGUAUAGGAUGUCAGGCGAUGGUGGAAAUGAUACUUACUUGUGUUUUGUUUGAUCAUGGCUCAUAGAUAUGGAAUUAUGAGAGACGAUUUGUUUUUUGAUCAUUUCAAAUCUGUGAAACAGAAGGAAAGUGAUUUUUUUCUCUUUAAAGCAUUAAUUUGAUCCACAGAGUCACCUAGAAAGAAAAAAAGUGGUUUCAUUCUGAUUGGACAUUUUCAGAUUUAAACAGCUGCUUUGUGCCUACUUAAAUCCAAAAGUACCCAAAUCUUUAAAUGUUUUGGGAAAACACAGGAAAGUUGUCCGCCAACCAUCGGUGGCUACAGGAAGCCUAGAUGCAAUUACUUGAUUCUUGGACCUGAUUUGUGAUCUGGAGUCAACUUCAUAUGAAGUUUAUAUAUAAAGUUGGCUUAAAAGAGUCUGUCCAGUUCACUGUAGCCUCACCUUCACUGGCACAUUCCAGCAACAGUUAUAAAUGAAUAUUUUUCUGCUUCAGUUUUUAGUGGUUUUCAUCCAAAUGUAUUAUGAAUGAAUGCAGCACCUGCAGCAGGUGAACAGUUGUGCUAGACAUCAAGUAUCUGAUGACGUGAAUAGUUCUGGUAUUGGCUGUUAGCUGCGUGUAGUUCUUUAUUCAUCGGGGGCAUUCUGCUUUUAGCUGCUACUCCUCCAUGUAUGUAUUUUGGAUGAAGUCAGCUUCACAGUAUGUAGUUACAGACCUUUUGUCUGUUUUCUCAUCUUUCCAACAUGCCGAAGAGUUCAAGACAUGCAAUAUACUUCAGGAUGUGUCGUACGUGGUACUGGGAAAAGGCAGUACCUUAUAAAGUUCUGUUUCUAUAACAAAGGAAAGAUUGCAUGUAGGCAAAUAGAUUUACUAGAAAAGCAAAACUUAGAAAGGUUAAUUAUGUAGAUAAUAGUCGGAAUUAUUUUAGUAGUAUAGACAUUCAAGAGAAAGCCCUGUACAUAACAUUCAAAGUUUUAGUGAUAUAACCUGCUCAAUGUAGUGUUAUUUGCAUUUAAGCUGUAGUACAGAAGGUGUAACAAGCAUCAAAAACACAUGAUUUAAAAUCUGUACAAAUCCAAUAAAAACUGUCAAAACGAUCCUUCUUCAUUGUUUUCAAGUUUGAAUGUGAUUUAAUCCAGUGAAUACUUUCAAAACGAUCAUUCUGUACUUAAGCUGUAGUUUAACAGCAGUUUAAUCAUCUUAAUUUUACGUGCGCUAAUCUGGUGUGUUUCUUGCCAGCUUAUUCUUAUUUUAUUUGAAUUGACUCAUGUUAUUAUAAUAUGGUAUUUUGGUUUGUAUUGUAUCAACUGUUGCUAGUAAGUUAUAAAUUAAUAGUUUAUUAAACUUUAGCAAAUAGUUCUUUUACUGUUAACGGGCAAAACGAAUACUUAAAUACUUAUUCUGUGCUGAUUUUGUGCUUCUGGUGACUUUCCAUAUUUGUAGCUAAUCACCUAAUUGUGAGGGUGAAUGAAUAGCGUCUGGUUACAAGUUACAAAUGCCAACUCUCACAUUAAUGUUUUAUUAUUACUCACUACUUUAAUGAUAACCCAGACGGCUAAUAUUAGUCAUUGAUAAAAGUUAACCAGCUAACAUUAACAGGUGGUCCAGAUUGAACAUUUAUGAUAAUUCAUUAAUAAUUUUAUGUUUCAAAACAACAGUUUUAUUGACGAAAUCUUUAAAAAGAUGUGUUCGUCUUUAAGACACUGAACCAUGGUUGUUGUACUACUGUUGACAUGUUCAGGUACUAGUGAGGGGACGAGCUGUGUGGCUAACAGUAACACUGUAUGAAGUUCUGUCCUAACUGCUCUGUUAGUAUCAGUACUGCUGUGAAUGACUUCAUCUGAUAGUCAUUUUUAGUAUCAGCCAACAUCAUAUUUUUUUUAGAAUUUUGUUAUCAAAAGGUACCAUUAAGUGUCAGUUCUAGUGAAAUAUCUAAUAACUUACUAAUGUUGUAACAGAUCAUGUAUAUUAGAUUUAACACAGAUCAGAUAUAAUAAGAUGACACACGUUGUGUCAGAAUGCACUCUAGUUUUGAUUUGAUAUCAUGACAUUGUCUGUUAACAGGAAAAAGCUACUAGCUACAGUUUUAUCCUCUAUUAAUUUACCAUUUAUUAAUUCCAGUUAUUUUUAGGUGUUACUGUUACUUUAACUGUAGUGGCCAAGUCAAAGGUUGAUGUCAAAGAAAAAGAUAUAAACGAGCAGGUGAUUUUUAACAGUUCUCGUAUGUGAAUACUAAAAUGAGCGCUUGUAGAUUUUUGUAUAGGCAGCAAAUUAUUUCAGAAAUGCUUCACGUUAGAGCACAGUACGGUGUUUGACUUCUGUAUAUAAAUGUACACCAAUUGGUAUUUUACAUUUACAUGUGCUUUACUAGAUCCAAUGAUGUACUGUAAUAUCUGCUGUGUAUCUCAGUCUCUGCACAUUAACACACUGAUGCCUGUUGUAAAACGACGAGCAUACGGUUCUUGAAUCUUCUGUGAUCUGUAGAUGAUACCUGGAAUUCAGCUGAACUUCUGCGCUGAGCUAAACUGAAAACGAAAUAACCAACAAAAUAAAAAAGAUAUGGGGACCCAUUUGAGCAUUUCAGAAACAUGAAACAACCAUCUACUAUCUGCAUGCUAUAUUGUGUGUGGCAUCAUAAAGUCGACUUUUUCACUUUGAUCUUUGCUACUUCUGAGAACAAUAAAAGAAUAUAC